GUUGAAAUUGUUUGUGUUUUUCGGCGCUCUUUUGGUUUCAUUUGAAAACAUCAAUUGAAUUGAAGACUUAAUAUCAGACACAAUGAACGAUAUAUGUCUUCACGUGGAAGUGCUUCAAAAACGCAACAGUUAUUGUGAUGCAGAAGAACUCAAGAGUUUGGUAACCAAUUGGAUACAAACAAACUCAGAGUUGGACUCAAUUGUUAAACAAUUGUCUGAACGCAAAGACUCGUAUGUUGUGGUCGAUAAACAACUGCCGAAACAAUUGACCACAAAUGUCGACACUAUUAAUAUAUCGUUGAGUCGAUUCACGACCGCUAAUGAUGACACACCGAUACAGACAUCGAUGGCCACAACAGGCACUUAUAUCGUAAAUUAUUACUUUUAUCAAUUGAAUUACGAGAGCAUCUCCUCUGAGGACAUGGAGUGCGAUGAAGAACAGCUACCGGCAGCCAAACACACGAUUCUUCCGUCCAAUGAAUUUCACAAUCUCUGGGAGAGUUUGGUGUUCAGCGAACACAUCAAAGACUAUUUGUUAGACUUUGUGUUGACUUCAUUAAUCUUCGCCGAUAAGGGAGUUGACACCAAAUUGAUUAACUGGAAUAAAGUAGUAUUACUUCACGGACCGCCCGGAACUGGAAAGACGUCUCUGUGUCGGGCAUUAGCUCACAAACUAUCGAUCCGAUUACGAAACAAAUAUAAGACUUCACAACUCAUUGAAAUCAAUUCGCAUUCAUUGUUCUCCAAGUGGUUCUCUGAGUCGGGAAAACUAGUGAUGAAGUUGUUUGAGAAGAUUAAAGAAUACGUAGAAUUAGACGAUCAGCUUAUACUUGUGUUGAUCGAUGAGGUCGAGAGUCUGGCCCAUACAAGACAGGUAUCGGCCAACGGUACCGAACCAUCCGAUGCAAUACGUGUUGUCAAUGCUUUGUUAACACAAUUGGAUGGCAUUAAAAAUUACCCGAAUGUCGUAAUACUGACCACUUCUAAUGUAACCAACGCUAUAGACUUGGCUUUUGUUGACAGGGCUGACAUCAAACAAUACAUUGGUUUACCAACAGUUGAGACUAUUUACGAUAUAUACCGAUCCUGUAUUGUCGAACUCAUCAAAAGAAGUAUCGUCUCAUGCGAUGAGUCUAUACUAUCUUAUAAUCAGCUUAAAUGCUCGGAACAGUUGGAAGCGUUUGGCACAACUUUUGCCGGCAAUUAUAAACUCUUGCAAAUUGCCGAAAAAAGUUUAUCACUCAGUGGUCGUACUCUACGAAAGAUACCGUUUUUGGCCAUUGCUUUGUUUUCCGGCGGACGUAUUCCCAUAAGUUUUGCUCAGUUUCUUGAAUAUCUAUCCAAAGCUGUCACUAAACAACUGGAAGAAAGAAGUGAUUUACAAUAAUUUAUAACAUAUUUUGUUUUAUUGAU